UACCUCUGUGCCUCAUUCAUCUAAGCAGCAGUGGAAGCACUUCGCGCGUGUGGUGUGUGUUUCACGAAGCGUUCGCGGGACCAUCAAAUCCGCUUGUCGUGAUUCAUGCAAAUUCUGUAGGGUGACAGUUCGUGUAAAUUCUCCCCUCCGCACUAGGAGGGCCCCUUGCCAUGGCGAGAAGACCCACCCCGCUUACGGAUGACAAGACGCAUCAGGUGAAACCUUACGAAAUUCACAGGUCAGUGCUACAAACUGUGACUUCAGUAAUGCGGCAGCUGCUGACACCAUCCUGGCUGAGUGAACACCCGCCUGAGUCUGUCAGUGAAGAAAAGCCUGAUCUAAUAAAUGGUGAAAGGGAUCCUUCUGCCCACGUGCCCAUGGGGUCACCACGGUCGACACGGGACUGUGCUGCGGGACCGGACGAGGACUUUAAUGAGACAUCCAGCAUCUCGGAGUCUUUGACAUCAAGGCCAGAGACACCAUUACAGCGACCUUUGGAACGGCCACAAGAACAAUUGUUGGAGAGGUCAUUAGAAAGGACAAUUGAACGGCCAUUGGAGAGGUUAUAUGCACGACCAUCAGAGCGAUUGUCGGAGCGGUUAUCAGAGAGGCUAUCGGAAAGACCAGUAGGACACACAUUCAAGAGGACGUUGGAACGGUCACCAGAGCAGUCAUCAGAGUGGCCAUUGCAACAGUCGCAGCAGUGGCUAGCAGCAACACCCAGUCCCAGCAGCCGAACAAGUCUCAUUGGAACAACUAGCUCCAGCAAGAGACAAAAACUUUGGCAGGAAGAGAGCCCUCUGAAGUCACCUUUCUACUCUGGUCAGACAACAUAUGGUGGAGCUGCUGCCCAGAAUAGGUUACGAAUGCUGGCCACGUCACAGAUUCCCUCGGUACCUGUCAUGGCCCGAGGUGUGAAGCCGGGCGGGGCAACAGCUGGGCUAAGUAACACCACCCGCCAAAUCCUGGCCACCCUUGAAAAAAUGGCAACUCCUGUGACGGAGGCGAAGCGGGUACCACUGAGGACCAGGAUAGCAGGUGGUCGGCCGUGGACUCUCCCGCAUCACAGAGAUCCCCCUGCACCAACACAGGGAGGGCCUCCAAUCAGAAGUGCUGCUAGGCCAACAGUACGAACCGUAGUGCCAUUGCGGACAGAGAUGUCUCGAUUAGAGGUCUCCAGAAAGGAAAGCAUCGCAGCUGAAUCUUCAUGGGCAGAUGGCCUGCGGACAAAGUUGCCUCGGAUGGAAACUGGCAGGCCUGAAGUGUCUCAGGUUGACACUCCCAAGCAGGACUCACCGAGAAGAACGGAGGCCCCCGAUGUUGAAACAAGCAUUGUCGCGCCGGCUUCUGUAGCCAAACCAAAGCCGGUGGCUUCUGCUUGGGAACCUCCGUCUAGUAGGCCAGCUUCUGAUCGUGCACCAGGAGGAGGCAAGAUGGUUCGCGUUAUUCACACAGCCCAUCCGGCACCAGUGAAGAUGAGUGGCCCACCACUUCAGUCAGAGGAAGAGCUUCCACCUGCAGUGCCUCUUCCCAUUUCGAGCCUUCCUACCUUCUCUUUCAAGCUCGAACCACCACCACCACAAGCGUCACUAGCUCCCCCUCAAGCUGCUCUCGCCAGCAACAGCAGUGGCAAGGCAAGCACUGGUAACACUGGCAGUACCACCAGCUCUGGCCAUGUUGGCACAGUCACUGAAUUCACCUUCAGCAAUCCAGAGGCAUUGGCCAGCUCCAGCGCUGGAUUGCUGGCACGACCUCAAAGAGACCAGGUGUAUCAGUUCUCUGAGCCUUGGGGGCCAAGUGGCAAUGAGAAACAGCAGGAAGAUAAACUGUCUAAUGACACAGGUCAUGGGCUGGAGAAGCCUAGAGAGGCCAUCAGGGUGGAUCCUCCAGCAAAGUCUGUGCAGGAUGACGUCAUACCAGAGACCGAAAGAUAUGAGGGCACUAAAGAGUCCGAGAAUUCCAAGGCAGAAGUCGACAAGGACAGCAGCAGUUCCACAAAAGGUGGUGGGGAUCUGUGGGAGCGCUUCAAGCCACCUGCAGGAAGCUGGUCAUGCUCGGUGUGCCUGAUCAGCAACCCAGCCUCGGCAAGCUGCUGCCGCGCUUGUGAAACGCCGUCUCCCAAUGCCGCUCCCAAAGCAGCAGCUGUGGCUCCCACGAGCCUUCCUUCCUCAACACCAGCCCAAUCUCCGCCAUUGCAUGCCAGUAAUGCUGCCGCAGCUUCUCGCUGGGAGUGCAACACGUGCCUGGUGAGGAACGAGACCAGCUCCACUCAGUGCUGCGCCUGUGAGAGUCCUCGGCCAUCCUCGGCCAGCAGUGCCACACCUGGUGCAGCUACGCCUUCUGUGGUUGCCAGUGGUUCCCUUUGGGAGUGUGACACGUGCCUGGUCAGGAACCAGCCCAGUGCCAUGCGCUGUUGUGCCUGUGAGAAUCCCCGUCCGUCAGCCAGCAGUGUGACUCCUUCCUCGGCAGAGGCGGCUGCAGCAACAUUCAACUUCAAGUUGCCCUCCUCUGGGUCUAGUGGCUUUGGCGGGGCACCCUUCGCUACGGCAGCCACACAAUUCAAGUUCGGCAUACCUGCUUCAAGCUCAGUAAAGCUAUCUGAAGCUGCUGCUUCCUCAGAGAGUGCAGUAAAAACAUUCAAGUUUGGUAUUACUAACACUGCCGCACUUACAACCACCACUACCAAAAUAACUUCUGCUACUACUGCGGAGGAACCAUCAAAGGCCAUAGACUUUGGUUCACCAGCUAGAGAAGCAUCUAAGACAUUCAAGUUCGGCACCAGCACCGAGGAGCCAGCAACAAUGUCAUUAAAGUUUGGCACCAUUACUGAGGAGCCAGUAAAAAAGUCAUUCAACUUUGGCAUAACAGCUGAGCCUACAAAGGCAUUUACACUCAGUACUAGUUCAGAGGAGCCAGCCAAGGGACUUAAGCUGAGAACAACUACAGAGGAGGCAGCAAAGCUGUUCAAUUUUGGUUCGUCCUCUGAGCAGCCCACAAAGCCUCUGAAGUUUGGGGGCACAACAGACGAGCCAGCCAAGUUGCCUCAGGCUGGACCUGGUGCAGAAGUUUCUACAAAGGCCUUCAAGUUUGGUUCCACCACAGACGAGCCUGCAAAGCCAUCCCAGCUUGGCAGCUCUGGAGAAGCUGCACCAAGCAGCUUCAAGCUUGGUCACAUGGCAGAGCCAAGCAAAGGCUUUACUUUUGGGUCUACUGUCAAGGAACCGGCAAAGCCAUUCACAUUUGGCUCCACCUCUUCAUCAGAGAUGCCCGCCGGAAGCUUCAAGUUUGGCUCUGGUGUGGAGGAGCCUGCAAAAGCUGUCAAGCUUGGUUCCUCUGAGGAACAGCAGCCAGCUGCAAAUGCCUUUAAAUUCAUAGCACCGGCAGCUCCUGCGGAACCAUCCAAGCUGUUUCAAUUUGGUGCGACUGCGGAGCAACCACCAAGAUUGGGCGCAUCUGCUGACACUCCUGCUAAGCCUUUCAGUUUUGGAACACCUGCAACUGCAGCAGGAGCAGCAGAAGCAACGGCAAAGCCAUUUUCAUUCGGCUUGACAGCAAAGCCUAAUGAUAUGUCAGCCCCCACUGUGACAGCACAACAGCCAUCUAUUCUGCCUCAGGUAUGUGGCCAGACCACACCUGGACAGCUUCCUGGCUUCCUAGCCCCGGCCACUACAGCAUCUGCUGCACCAACAAUAGUCACACCUUCUCUGCCAGCGGCAGCACCGGCUGUCGAGCCUGCCAAGCCAGCCUUCCCCACUUCGCAAUUCGUUUUUGGCCAGAAAACUGAUGGCAGCGUUGCCACAUUUCCAUUUGGCUCACAGCCUGCGCCGGCUUUUCCCCAACCUUCUAGUGGUGCAUCUGCUCCCUUGCCAUCUUUUGGCAACCUGACAAGCAAGCCCCCAGAGUCGCAGGUGGCAGCACAGCAGCCAACAUUUGGCAUUGGGACAACACCCACUCCUGCAUUUGGUGCCCUCAACCCUCUCAAGCCUGCUGCUACCUCUACAGUAGCGCCUGCUGCCACCAGCAUGCCAGUUGGCUUUGGCUGCCAACAGCCUACACACAAUUCUGGAUUUGGGCUGCCUGCAGCAAAUGUCCCCACCCAAUCGUCAUUCGUCUUUCGGCCCCCAACAACUGCACCGCCGGUGACUUUCCAGUUUGGCAGCACUGGCCCCACAUCAGGUGGAGUCUUCCGCUUUGGAGCUCAGCCAAGCCAACCAGCCACGCCUCUGCAACAGCAGCCGCAGCAGCAGCAGCCAGCGCACGAACCCUUUGGAGCCCCAUUUGGCCAGACAGCCCCCAUGCAGUUUGGCAUGUCACCCUCGGCACUGUUUCAUGCGCCGGAUUCCGAGAACCCGUUCAAUGCCACCAGUGGCAGCGCAGGGCCUGCGCAGCAGCGUCGUAUCCGCAAGGCAAUUCGACGGAAGCCCACACCACGGUAG